GGCCUUGGGGUGGAGGCGGAGGGGAGGCAGACCCAGCCCAGAGCUCCGAGUGCCUUCCGCUGGCUGUCUCUAAACCCCUCCACACUCCUGCAGCCCUUCAGACCUCCUCCGCCUGCUGCCCGCCCGCCUGCGCCCGCCGAGGGUUCCCAGCACCAUGAGGACUUGGGUCUUCUUUCUCCUGUGCCUGGCCGGGAGGGCCUUGGCAGCCCCUCAGCAAACAGAAAUCACCGAGGAGACAGUGGUGGAGGAAACCAUGGUCGAGGAGGCUGAGGUACCCGUGGGCGCCAACCCUGUCCAGGUAGAAGUGGGAGAGUUUGAGGACGGUGCGGAAGAAGCUGUCGAGGAGGUGGUGGCUGACAACCCCUGCCAGAAUCACCACUGCAAACACGGCAAAGUGUGCGAACUGGAUGAAAGCAACACCCCCAUGUGCGUGUGCCAGGACCCCACCAGCUGCUCCGCCCCCAUUGGCGAGUUUGAGAAGGUGUGCAGCAACGACAACAAGACCUUCGACUCCUCCUGCCACUUCUUUGCUACCAAGUGCACCCUGGAGGGCACCAAGAAGGGCCACAAGCUCCACCUGGACUACAUCGGGCCAUGCAAAUACAUCCCUCCCUGCCUGGACUCCGAGCUGACCGAGUUCCCUCUGCGCAUGCGCGACUGGCUCAAGAAUGUCCUGGUCACCUUGUACGAGAGGGAUGAGGGUAACAACCUCCUCACCGAGAAACAGAAGCUGCGUGUGAAGAAGAUCCACGAGAAUGAGAAACGGCUGGAGGCUGGAGACCACCCCGUGGAGCUGCUGGCCCGAGACUUCGAGAAGAACUACAACAUGUACAUCUUUCCUGUCCACUGGCAGUUUGGACAGCUCGACCAGCACCCCAUCGAUGGGUACCUGUCCCACACCGAGCUGGCCCCACUGCGUGCCCCCCUCAUCCCCAUGGAGCACUGCACCACCCGCUUCUUCGAGACUUGUGACCUGGACAACGACAAGUACAUUGCCCUGGACGAGUGGGCUGGCUGCUUCGGCAUCAAGGAGCAGGACAUCGACAAGGACCUCGUGAUCUAAGUCCACGCCUCCUGCCGCAGCUCCGGAUUCUCUCUGACCUCCCCCCUUCCCAUUCCCCCAAAGUUUAAAAUGUUUGGAUGGUUGGCUGUUCCGCCUGGGGAUAAGGUGCUAAUAUAGGUUUAACUGAACACAUUAACGGUGCUAAAAUAUGGAAACUGUAACCCAAAUCACGGCAUUCUUCCAUGUAACUCGCGCACCCAGUCAACCCCUCGUCCCCUGCAUCAUCCAUGUAUCUCACUGGCUGUGGUGGCAAUGGAGCCGCCCAGGCCUGCCUUACACAUGCAUGAGAUAUCUUCAACUUACCUCUCUACUUUUCCACUUGAAUCUAACACUCAUCCUGGCAGACAUUGUGUUCAUUUCAUUUCAGGAUGUGGGCUGCCUGGGGUCUUCCCCAGGGGGCCUGGAGGUAGGCAGAGGGAACAGACACAGAUACAAAAUUGUGCAAGGAUGCUCUGGGGCCAGAGGCCCCACCAGCCAGAACCCAGAUAGCAAGUCUUGAUUGCCUAGAGAAGAUUCUAGAACUGUAACGGCAGUGUGCAGACUCCCAGCAGCCGCGUCCCUCCUCAACUCCUCCACCCUUUGAGCAGUUUCUUUCCACAUUUGGCUGUUGAUUCAAAUUUCUGGGAGCCACGGAGCUGAGGGGAUGGACCAGAACACCCCAUGGGGAGUCUCCUGUUCAGCUUCUUGAAGAAUUUCAGGUUUCUUCUCAGGGACUCUGGGGACUGGGAGGCUGUUUCAGGAAGGCCACAAUGAAAAGACACGGAAAGUUGUAAAGAAGGAAAGACGGAGCUGGUGCACCGGUUGGUUUUUCACACGAGUUUCUAGCAUCUUCUUCCCUUUCUCCUUUUCUCAUCUGCUAAUCAAGAGAAACUUCCAAGUUCACGGGAUGGUGGGUCUCACAGGCUGAGAACUCGUGCACCUCCAAGCAUUUCAUGAAAAAGCUGCUUUUCCUUCACUGUACAAACUCUCAUGGUGACUCAAGGAGUUUGACAAAUCUCUCAAAAUAAAAAGUAACAUGAAACGGC